AUGGAAGGCUCAGUGUUUCUCAGCCGGUCUGUGAAAGAUCAGAGGAAACAAAUGGUGUUCCUGUGCUGUUUGCGGUUGACGGCUCUUAUUGUUUUAUGCAGUGUUUCUCCGGUGAGCUCUGCACAUAACCUGCCUCAGUGUGUGGAGGGGGAUUACUACUUUGAGUACACAGAGUGUGACAGCAGAGGCUCCAGAUGGAGAGUGGCCAUUCCUCAGAGGCCGGGCGAGUGCGAGGGACUGCCAGACCCCGUGCAGGGCACUGACUGCACGUUCUCCUGUGGAGCUGGAGAGUUUUUGGAGAUGUCUUCUCAAGAGUGCAUUCAGUGUGCGGCCGGGUCCUUCUCUCUCGGCAGUGGUAUCCGUUUUGAUGAAUGGGAAGACAUUCCACCAGGAUUCAGCAGCCUGGGGACGUCUCUCGAUAACACACCAAACAGUCACGAGGGGCUGAGCUGUAAUGGUUCCUCAUGGAUUGCUCGUGGUAGUUAUGUGGAGUCGAACCGAGAUGAGUGUAGCGUCUCGCUUGUCUACGCUGUUCAUCUCAAGAAGCCAGGCUCGGUCUCUUUUGACUAUCAGUAUGUGGACAACAACAUCUUUUUCGAGUUUUUUAUUCAGAAUGACCAGUGCCAGGAAAUGGACCAGACGAACGAUAAGAAAUGGAUGAAGCUGACAAACAACGGACAGUGGGCAAAACACACGGUCAGUUUGAAAUCUGGUACAAAUGUGCUCUACUGGAGAACCACAGGUGUUACCGUUGGAGCUAAAGCAGUCAAACCAGUGCUGCUAAAGAACAUCCAUAUAGAAGGUGUGGCAUACAUGUCAGAGUGCUUGCCCUGUAAACCAGGAACAUUCAGUAACAACCCUGGCUCUUCCACAUGUGAACCAUGUCCCAGGGACACAUACUCAGGACGAGGAGCCAGCUCCUGCACUCCCUGUGACACAAAGGCACACUACGCAUUGGAGGGCUCUACAGAGUGUAAGCCCAGACCUGCUUGCUCAGAGAAAGACUACUUUCAGAUCCACAGUAUUUGUGAUAAAGAGGGCAAGACACAGGUUAUGUACAAAUGGAUCGAGCCUAAGAUCUGUCUCGAAGAUGCUCCUGGUGCUGUAACCCUGCCCCCUUCUGGUAAACGUCAACCAUGCCCACCAUGCAACCCUGGAUUUUAUAACAACAACACUGCUACAUGCUCUCCUUGCCCACAAGGAACUUACUCAGAAGGCCUUAAAGAGUGUCAGCGUUGCCCUGCGGGCACAGAGCCAGCCCUGGGCUAUGAGUAUAAGUGGUGGAACAUUCUGCCCUCUGGCAUGAAGUCAUCCUGCUUCAAUGUAGCCAACACCAAGUGUGAUGGCAUGAGUGGUUGGGAUGUGGCAGGAGAUCAUAUUCGUUCUGGAGCUGGGGGUUCGGAUAACGACUACCUCAUCCUAAACCUUAAAGUGCCUGGAUUCAGGUUACCAACGUCAGUUAGUGGAACCAGUGGAACAGAGUUUGGACGCAUCACCUUCGUGUUUGAGACCAUAUGUUCAGCGGAUUGUCAGCUUUACUUCAUGAUGGACACAGACAGACGGAGCACCAAUGUGGUGGAAUCAUGGGAAGGCAGUAAGGAGAAGCAGUCCUACACGCACAUCAUGACUAAGAAUGCAUCUGUGUCUUACACAUGGGCUUUUCAGCGCACUAACCAGGCUAAAGAUGGUCGUCAAUAUGUCAACGACAUGGCGAAGAUCUACUCAAUUAAAGUAACAAACGCCCUGGACGGUGUUGCCUCCGCAUGCCGGGCUUGUGCUAUUGAGUCUCAACAGCCUGGUUCAGCCUGCGUUCCCUGUCCUGCUGGUUAUUAUAUAGACGAGGAAACCAAUCAGUGCCAGGAAUGCCCACUCAACACCUUCCUUUCAGGACACCACAUCUAUGGGCAGGAUGCAUGCCAGCCAUGUGGUCCAGGUAGCCGCAGCAACAAGGAGCACAGCUUGUGCUACAGUGACUGUUCGUUCACACACGCAGCGCUCAACCAAACUCUGCAGUAUGAUUUCAGUCCCCUGGGCUCCACCGGCUCCGUCAUGAUCGGCCCCAGCUUCACUUCCAAGGGCACCAAGUACUACCAUCUCUUUAACAUCAGCGUGUGCGGGACACAGGGUCACAAGCCAGCGAUCUGUACAGACAAUGUUACAGAUCUAUCUGAUAAAGAUCCUCUUAGUCGUGAGGCCAACUAUGUAGAAACGUUUAUUUGUCAAUCAACUAUUAUUCCCUCUGAUGGGCGGGGAUUCAGGACUGCUCUUGCAUCACAGUCCAUCAGCCUGGCAGACACGUUUCUUGGAGCCACAGUGGAGAAAUCACUCAGUGGAGUAAAUGCUAGACCAGAACUCUUCGCCGGUUCAUCCAAGAGAGUCCCGGACGUCAACUACUUCUAUCGAUCUCCACAGACGACAUCUUCCUGCCAGAACGGGCGAAAUACAGUGCUCACGCUACGCUGUAACCCUGAAAAGUCCUCUAAAGGAGAAAUAUCUCUACCCAGGGAGUGUCCUGCCGGAACCUGUGAUGGCUGCACCUUCCAUUUCCUGUGGGAGAGUUCAAGCGCCUGCCCACACUGUACUGAGGAAGACUACCACCAGAUCGAAGGAGCCUGCAAGGGAGGAGUGCAGGACACGGUGUAUGUGUGGACGGAGCCACGGCUCUGUACUGGAGGGGUAUCUCUGCCAGCAAAGAGGACCAAGCCUUGUCAGAUGAUUGAUUUCUGGCUUAAAGUGGGAGCUGUCGUGGGUGCAUUCAGCGCCGCCUUGCUUGUCGCUCUCACGUGCCACUUUUGGAAGAAGAACAAAAAGCUGGAGUUCAAGUAUUCCAAGUUGGUGAUGUCGGCUAAUAAAGAGUGUGAGCUACCAGGAGCAGACAGCUGUGCCAUAAUGGAGGGCGAGGGAGAGGAAGUGGAGGAUGAUGUAGUUUACACCAAGCCUUCUUUAUUGGGAAAGCUGAAGGCCAUCGCCACCAAGGGCAACGAGCAGAGCUCCGAGGCCGUCCAGCUGAAAUCCUCCCAGCCGGAGAACUGGGUGUGGGGAUAGACGGAGAAGGAGGAGGAGGAGGAAGAAGAGCAAAAGAGACAGGAUGGAUGGAUGGAUGGAUGGAUGGAUAAAGACUUUGAAGCUGCUCUUCACUUGGGAACGUGUAUGCAUGCGGUGGCACUAAGCCAGACAGUGGAAGAGCUUUGGAAAAAGGGAGCCGUGGGGAUUUGGGCGAGAAGAACAGAAAAGCGGAGCCUGUAAGACGGUUCUGUUUGAUGUCAUUAUCACGCCGCUGUGCAAUCUGUUUGUCUGUUGGGUUGUGUGCCUCCUUUUGUAAUAAUAUUAUAAUACUAUUAAGGAUUUGGGACUUGUUUAAUAGGGUUAUGGUACGUUGGGCUGCACACAAAUGCUGGAACGACUCUAAAAUAUUGGACAUGGACAUAAAAUAAACUGGUUGUUUGUUGAUUAGUAAUAAAUUCUGGACGUUCCAAAUCAACUAAACAAACACUUUUCAAAUACAUCCACACUUACAAACAUAACAUCAACAACCAUAAUAAUAGUCUGUAAAUUUCAUAGGCCAUAAACGUAAUACAAAUCUGUGGCUUUUAAAGUAAUAAUCCUACAAACAUAAUAAAUAGCUAGUUUCAUAUUGUUAGCUAUUUCUCUUAACUUUACUUGCUUCAAAUGCCAUCUCAUACGCCAACUCCGUGUCCAGCUCUUAUAACAAAAUUCUGGGAUUUGUUACAUUUUGGGGAUGGUAAAAAUCUUCCGCUUUUAAAGUUGUAUAUUGUUGUUGGUCUUACGGGUGCCACUGUUGAGGGGUUGCCACAGUGGACCAUCUAAUCUGCUCUACCUGACGCAACCCUCUUAUUUAUGGCACCCCGGACUUAUCUUGGAACUGGCACUGCAUCCAGUGCCUGGCCAGUGACUUCUGCAUGGCAGGUAAGAAACUAACCAGGACCUACCAAUGCCCAGAUUUUAAAAUUGUAAUACUUUUCAAAAUUCAGUUUAAGUGUGUGGGAUUUUUAAAUUAAAAGCUGCAGGGUUGUGUCACGCUUGUGCUUUAUUGCUUUUGUGGCCUGUUGGCACAUGUUACACACAGCUCUCUUACUUAAAUAGCCAAAUGUCGAACUGUGUAUGUUUUAAAUUGGGGAGGUGUAAGUUUGAAUAAUUAACUUGCCAGCUUGGCGCCCAAUUGAAGUAUCUAAAUUGGGAUUCCCUGGAUACCAGUCACGAAGAGCUGCAGUCGGCAUAGUUUCAGCCUGGCUGAAAUACACCCAAUUAAUCUGGAAUAUUGGUUUCCACUUAAAACUGACAUUUUAGAAGUUGAAACCAUAAAUGUCUUAAAUAUUUAAGAUGGAAUCUAUUUUUAGGUUACGAUUUAAACUGAAACAAAUAACAAUUAGUUGUAAAUCCAAAGUUCAGUUUCAUUGAGACCCAUCCCUUCCACUGAAAUAUUGCACAGACAGCACCCAGUUGGUUUGAUUUAACACUGUUUUUUUUUUUUUUUUUUUUUACAACUUGGAUCCCAUACCAGCUUGAUUUCACAAUAUUUCCAAGAUUCUGUAUAUAAACUGUAAGCACUCACUCAUCGUCUGUACCGCUUUACCCGGCAUACAGGGUCGCGGUGUGGGGGCUUAUUCCAGGAAACUUAGGGCACAAGGCGGGGUAGACCCUAGACGGGGGGCAAAUUCAUCGCAGAAAAUGUAAUACAUUUUUUAAAAUAAAAUUCAAAUAGGAUGCAAAAUUGAAGCAUGUUUAUUAAUGAUCUUGAAUUUCCCUGCUGUACUUAUUUACUGCACCUUCUGAAUGCUUCAAUAUCUACAGUAUGUAAGGAGGUACUGUAUGACAGUUCAGCCUGUCCUGAUUGUGAUGGUGUUUAUUCAAGAGAGUUAUGUGUUGCCUUCACUGUUCCUUUUCUUCUUUUUUCUUUGUUUUUGAUGUCAAUGAAGUAAUUAAUAUUAUUGAUUAAAUAUUAUUUUAUUUUGUGCUUGGAGUGAAAUAAAAGCCAUACUAUUGUGUUGAACUGAAAUGUAGAGUUUCC